AGGCGUAUAUUGUACUACUCCCCUCACUCAUUACUUCAUCACCCCAUUGGCCAUCACAUUACACUAUUAUUAUACAUACAACUACACUUGUAUCUACAUUCUCAUAUUCUUUACUACUCCCGCUUCCUCCAUUAAGUACUAGCUACUAGCUAUACACACAGUAUCUGUAUCUAUCUUUUUCACCAAAGGUCACAACUUUCCUAUGUUUCUUAGGAUUCUUCUCAUCACUUUCUCAUCUCUAAUCACAAUUCUCAGAUCUACCAGCUUCUUUAGACAAACCCAUUUGAAAUCCCCACUCAAAAUCCAAUCUUUAUAUACCUGCACAAGUAUUAGUGUCUAAAGGUCCAAACUUUAUUCAAGAAACCUCAAAUGUCGAGACAUAAUCAUGUGAUGGAAGAUUUAAUCCAUGAUUCUUGCAAGAUUAGGAAAAGGGGCUGCUCGUCUUCGUCUUCUACAUCAUCUAAGCUUCACAAUUAUCGAUUUAAACGGGCCAUUUUAGUGGGUAAUAAGACCCGGAAAGGACUCGGGUCAAGAUCCAGCACGCCGGUUCCGACGUGGAAAACGACGUCGUUGUUGAGGAGUGGAGGUGUGGUUGAGUCGCCGAAGUAUGAGAGUAGUAAGUCUAGGCCUGUGUCUGCGAGAAAAUUGGCUGCUACGCUCUGGGAAAUGAAUGAAAUGCCAAAAGUAAUUGAAGAAAAGAUGAAGAUUAUGAAGAAGAAAGAGAGAUUGAGGUCUGUUGUUUCUGGUUCUUUACCUCCUCAUUUGUCUGAUCCAUCACAUAGUCCUGUUUCUGAGAGAAUGGAUAGGUCUGUUGCGGGUAGCAUUCAGAGGAGGACACCCUCAGUUUCUCAGAGGCAUAGACUUUCAUUAGAAACUGUUGGGCAAGUGGACUCUCGUAGCAGUGCAAGUCUGAUGGAGAUUGAAACUAGAUCACAAGCCCAGACUCCCAGUGGGCCUGCAAUUGGUGUUAGGACCCGACUAAAGGAUGUUAGUAAUGCUUUGACCACAUCUAGAGAGUUGCUGAAAAUAAUUGUCCGCAUCUGGUCUCACAAUGACCCGCCGACAUCAAGUGCAUCUCUAGUCUCAGCCUUGCAUGCUGAGCUCGAAAGAACUCGUCUGCAGGUGAAUAGGCUUAUAAAGGAACAGCUUUCUGAGCAAAAUGAAAUAAAUUUUAUGGUCAAAUGUUUUGCUAAAGAGAAGGCAUCGUGGAAAAGUAAACAGCAACAAGCAGUAGAGGCUGCUAUUGAGUCUAUUGCAGGUGAACUUGAUAUGGAGAGGAAAUUAAGACGUCGUUCUGAGAGCUUCAACAAAAAGCUUGGAAGAGAACUAGCUGAUACGAAAGCAUUAUUAUUGAAAACAGUGAAAGACCUAGAGAGCGAGAAGAGAGCAAGAGAGGUACUGGAGCAAGUCUGUGAUGAAUUAGCGGCAGAUAUUGGUGGAGAUAGGGCUGAAGUUGAAGUGCUGAAGAGGGAGUCUGCAAAAGCUCACGAAGAGGUUGAACGGGAAAGGGAGAUGCUUCAGUUAGCUGAUAAGUUGAGAGAAGAAAGAGUUCAGAUGAAACUCUCAGAAGCUAAACACCAGUUUGAAGAGAAAAAUGCAGUUGUUGACAAGCUGAGGAAUCAACUUGAAGCUUUUCUCAGACCCAAGAAACCUAAGAAAAAGGGUGCUCGUCCAGUGACUACUGGGGACAAUGAUGAGAUUCCUACCUACUUAAAGAGGAUGAACUUUGAUUUUGAUCAGAAUGAUGAUAAAGAUGAUGGAGAGGUAGAGAAUGAGAUUGAUACUGAUGAGGAUUCCAGGGAAAGCGAUCUUCAUUCUAUAGAAUUGAACAUGGACAACAACAAUAAGAGCUUUAAAUGGAACCACACGUCUACCACUGCUCAUGAUACUAGAAGAGUUUCGGUCGAUGACAAAAUGAGAGGCAGGAAUUCUAUCUCUGGUGACGUUCCAAGGAAAAUCACUUUAAUUCAGAGGAGCGUUUCAGAUGGGGUUGAAUGGGGUGGCCAUACCAAAACUAUGCAGCAAUCUGGAGAUGCGCUCAAUCAGGAGAGAAUAGUUGAGUUUGAAAAGCAAACUCCACGAAAAGGAUAUGGAGAUGAUUUGCAGCGAUAUAAAUCCGUGAAGGGUCUCAGGGACCAGAUAUUGUCGAGUUCUAGGACAGGUUCAGCCGGAGAGUUUCCUAGUCCAGUCCGCCAACUGGCACAAUCACGGCAUCCAAAUGAUCCUGUUCAACUAGUUCAGGAGAGGCUUCCUGUCGUGCAGGGUAGUGGUUCAAAAUCAAGGCUGGUGGAAGCGCGAGGGGAAGGACAGAUGGUAAGAAGAUCAAGAAGGUGAGAUCUUUUCUUAUUUAGUAAGGUUGUUGAUCCAGUUUGUUGCAAAGGCGUACUCUGAUUUAGCUGGAUCAUCAACCAAAAUUGAGCCAAAAUUCUGCGAAUGACAACUGUAACUGCGAAGUUAACAUCCUGUUAAUUUACAUAACAAAAGCCCUCUUUAUCUUUAAAUUACUUGACUUUUGUAGAAAAGUGUGGUUUCGUAAAUUUUUGUAGAAAGUUGUGUCGAAUUCUGUAACCUGUACAAAUACGAUCUUAAACAAAAAUCAUCUUUUGUAAUUGAAGAAUGUUUAUAAUUUUAAUUAAACGAGUUCUUUUCUGUUUCAAA